UUAUCCCUCCCCUUUACGCCCUCCUUCAUCGCCCUACCCUUUUCUUAUCGCCCUCAGAGGGAUGAAUGCCAUACAGGAAUCGAAAGUCUGACGAUACCUGGGAUAUACUGCGGCUAUACCGCUCCGGCCUCGCUUCGCCGACAGGCCUUCCUUGCCACCCACCACAUACGACCAGUGUAUAUCGAUUAAUCGAGAAGACCGUGUCGUUAUCUAUCCGUUCCUUACACAAUAACUAUAUACAUCAUGACAGACUUGGAAUCCUUCCUUGAAGAUGAUCGCUCGAUGGAGCUAUCAACGAUUGCUGCCAUCUACCCGGAGAUCAAGAUAGAUGCUUCAUCCCCCUUCAAAGCAUCCCUCAACCUACCAGUCAAGCCUUCUGCUCCCCUGCGUGUGUGUUUCCAGCAACAAUCGGAGACAGAGUUCCCCGCCGUUCUAACUCCCCCGACCUCGAUUGAUGCCAACGAAGUUGGGUUUCCUUUCAAAGCUAGGGAACAAAAUGCCACAGCUGGUCUCAAUCGGGAUGUGCACGUUCUGUCGCAUCUUCCAUCUCUCUGUCUCGAAAUAGAACUUCCUGAAGGCUAUCCUUCCGAAGAACCGCCCAUCUUCAGGCUGGAAACAAAUCCACCAUGGCUGCCAUUCUCAAUAGUCUCUAGUCUCUUGGAUGACGGAAAACGGCUCUGGGAGGAAUGUGGGAAGGACUUGGUGGUAUAUACAUAUAUCGACCAUCUCCAACAAUUGGGGGAGUCAGCUUUUGGAGUUAGCGACAUAUCCGGCGGUGAAGUUCAACUUCCCCGCGAGCUGAAGAUCGCUUUACUAGACUAUAGCAACAAGGCUGAGCGAGAGAAGUUUGAGGAAGAGACAUUCGAGUGCGGGGUAUGUCUCGAGCCGAAGAAAGGCACAAUAUGCCACCGUCUCGUGCUUUGUGGGCACGUCUUUUGUGUUCCAUGUCUUCAAGACUUCUACAACACCUGUAUAACGGAAGGCGAUGUGGAGGGUGUCAAGUGCCUGGCUCCUGAUUGUGGCAAAGAGUCGAAUCUCACCGCGGACGUCCAGCUCAAGAAACGCAAAAAGCAGGAUCGAACCCUGAGCCCUAGCGAGCUUCUCCAGAUCCCCUUGGAACAGGAUAUCGUGCAGCGAUACGUUUUUUUAAAACGGAAGAAAAAGCUCGAGGCUGAUAAGUCGACUGUAUAUUGCCCUCGGCAGUGGUGUCAAGGCGCGGCACGCUCAAAGAAGCACCCUAAGCCUGCAGAUCCAAUGGCGGACAACUUCGACACUUCCGACGAAGAAGACGAAGAUGGACCUGUGUUCGACCCCCUUGGAGACGAGGCUCAGCUGCCACCGAUGGCCGAUCGCGUGGCGAUCUGCGAAGAUUGCAAUUACGCCUUUUGCUGUGUUUGCAAGAAGGGCUGGCAUGGUGAACUAGUACGCUGCUUUCCUCGGCGGGAUGCGGAGUUAUCGGCGGAGGAGAAAGCAACAGAAGAUUACCUGCGUCUAUACACCUCCGCGUGUCCGACAUGCAAUGCUCCCUGCCAGAAGCAAAUGGGGUGCAACCAUAUGAAAUGCUUCAAGUGCGACACACACUUUUGCUAUCUUUGCUCCAGUUGGCUCUGCGAAGACAACCCCUAUCGGCACUUCAACGACAUUAACAGUGGAUGCUUUAACCGACUGUGGGAUCUGGAGGGUGGCGAUGGCAUCAAUCCUGAUGGAGCCGCAGCUUUACAUCAAGUACCAGACGACCUACUGCAAUUCGACGAUGGCAGUGACGACGAGGACCUUGUGGCAUGGGAGCUCGGAAGACGACCUCCACCCCCUGCCCCGGUACCUCCCAGAGUUAACAAUGCAGCAGCCGGGGGCAACCGUCCACGUGGAAACAAUGCCAACGAUCUAGACGCAGCCGGCCGCGCCGCCGCCGCCGAAAGACAGGCUCAAGCACGAGCAAUGGCUGAGGUUCGCCGUCGACCAGAUGCAGAGCCUCUGCAAGUUCGACGCCAGGGACUCCAACGGUUUUUGGACUUGGUCCAAAAUGACCGAGAAGACGAAUGGGACAGUGAUGAGCUAGAUGACGAUUUCUAGACGUCUAUCCAUCUACACAACAUCAAUCCCCUCCACCCCGUCGUCCUUCCAAAACCAAUUUCAAUUCCAAAAGCUACCGGGGAUCUUCUAUUAC